GCACGGUGCGUGGCAGGGCUCGUUCCGCCCAGCCUGAUGUUCGUCUUGCCGGCCUCUGGACAUCUGCCAGCGGGAAGGGAGGCUGCUGGGACUAGGACAGGGAUGUGAUCCUCACCUGCUGGCUAUCAGAGGCGUAGAAUUGCUCGUAAGGAUGCAGGAACUGCCCCCCACGGACGGCUGAAUCACAGCAGAGGCCUGUGGCUUCCUUGCUGCCCAAAGGAUGCCCAUGUCCCCUGCGCCAGCGGCCCGGGCUCUGCGGUGAUGGCUCCCGACAGCUCCUCUCGGACCCUGCUGCUGCUGCUGCUGCUGGCGAUGUGGGUGCUGGGCUGCCCGGCUAUGCUGUCCAUGCACGUGGAGCCGGGGGGGUCUGGCCUGGAAGAGUCCGGUGAUGACGGGGGGCUGCCGGGCGGCGGGCGCGUGAAGCGUGGCUGGGUGUGGAACCAGUUCUUCGUGGUGGAGGAGUACACCGGCACGGAACCACUGUACGUGGGGAAGAUUCACUCGGACUCAGACGAGGGCGAUGGUUCCAUCAAGUACACCAUCUCUGGGGAGGGUGCCGGCACCAUCUUCCUGAUUGAUGAGCUGACAGGCGACAUUCAUGCCACUGAGCGCCUUGAUCGUGAGCAGAAAACCUUCUACACGCUGAGGGCGCAGGCGCGGGAUCGCCAGACCGACCGGCUGCUGGAGCCCGAGUCGGAGUUCGUCAUCAAGGUACAGGACAUCAACGACAGCGAGCCCCGGUUCCCGGGGGGCCCCUACAUCGGGAGCGUGGCUGAGCUCUCCCCCAUCGGGACGUCUGUGAUGCAGGUGAUGGCGUCGGACGCCGAUGACCCCACCUACGGAAGCAGCGCCAGGGUGGUCUACAGCGUCCUGGAGGGGGAGCAGCACUUCACAGUGGACAGCAAGACGGGUGUGAUCCGCACAGCCGUGGCCAAUCUGGACCGGGAGACCCAGGACCGGUACGAAGUGGUGGUCCGGGCGACGGACAUGGCGGGGCAGCUGGGAGGCCUUUCGGGUUCCACCACCGUUACCAUCGUCAUCACCGACGUGAACGACAACCCGCCUCGCUUCCCGCAGAAGAUGUACCAGUUCAGCAUCGCGGAGACAGCCCCCGUGGGCACGCUGAUCGGAAGAGUGAAGGCUGAGGACUCGGACGUGGGCGAAAACACGGACAUGACCUACCAGGUCAAGGACGAGGAAGGCCUGGGAGCUUUCCGGGUGACCACAGACAGCAACACGCAGGAAGCACUCCUCUGUGUGCAGAAGCCCUUGGACUUCGAGGCCCAGGCGGGGCACACGGUGGUGGUGGAGGCCUUGAACAAGUUUGCCGACCCCCGCUUCGUGGACUUGGGCACCUUCCGGGACCAGACCAUCGUGCGGGUCUCCGUGCUGGAUGUGGACGAGCCCCCGGAGUUCCAGCCCCCCCAUGGCCUGAUGGAGGUGCAGGAGGACGCGGCGGUGGGCACCGCGGUGGGCGCGGUCACCGCUCUGGACCCCGACGCGGCACGCAGCCCCGUCCGGUACGCCAUCGACGGCACCACCGACCUGGAGCAGAUCUUCGACAUCGACCCCCAGUCAGGAGCCAUCGUGACCAGCAAGGUCCUGGACCGGGAGGCCGCCGGCUGGCACAACAUCACGGUCUUGGCCAUGGAAGCUGACAACCCGGCUCAAGUGUCCAGGGCUUCGCUUCGAAUCCGCAUCCUGGAUGUGAAUGACAAUCCCCCGGAACUGGCCACGCCCUACGAAGCCGCAGUCUGUGAGGAUGCCAAGCCAGGACAGCUGAUCCAGACCAUCAGUGUGGUGGACCGGGACGAGCCUCAGAGUGGCCACCGCUUCUAUUUCACACUGGCCCCGGAGGCCUCUGGCAGCCGCCAUUUCUCCCUGCUGGACAUCACGGACAACACUGCCGCGGUGCACACGCAGCACUUGGGCUUCGAUCGGCAGGAGCAGGACCUCUUCUUGCUGCCCAUCUUGGUGGUUGAUAGCGGCCCCCCUGCCCUCAGCAGCACUGGGACCCUCACCAUCCGGAUCUGCGGCUGCGACACGUCCGGCGCCAUUCAGUCCUGCAACAGCACCGCCUACGUGGUGGCCGCCUCGCUCAGCCCCGGCGCGCUCAUCGCCUUGCUGGUCUGCGUGCUCAUCCUCGUCGUGCUGGUGCUGCUGAUCCUGACGCUGAAGCGCCACCAGAAGGGCCAUCUGGCCUCGGAGGAGGACGAGGACAUGCGGGACAACGUCAUCAAGUAUAACGACGAGGGGGGCGGCGAGCAGGACACGGAGGCCUACGACAUGUCCGCCUUGCGCAGCCUCUACGACUUCAGCGAGACGAAGGGGGGCGGGGAGGCCCCCCCCGGCCUGCCCUCGGAGCUGCACCCCCUGCCCCAGUGGGGCCAGGCCCCCGACUUGGACUUCUCCCUCUUCAGAGACUACAUCAGCCGGAAGGUGGGGCAGGCGGAUGAGGACUCCUCCGUGCCCCCCUAUGACUCCUUCCAGACCUACGCCUUUGAGGGGUCCGACUCCCCGCCGGCCUCCCUCAGCUCCAUCGCCUCGCGCUCCACCGGCUCAGAGCAGGACUUCUCCUACCUGGGCGGCUGGGGCCCCCGAUUUCGGCAGCUGGCGGCGCUGUACGCCGGGCGCCAGGGCAGGGAGGAAGACAGCGAGGAGUCCUAGUGCCAGCUAACCAAAAAGCCCCACCGGCCACCCAGGACAGAGAGCGUGGCGGCCAGGCCUGGGGCUUCUCCGGGGCCACCGUGCAGGCACACCGAGGCCCAGCCGCGCAGCCCUGGCC